UCCUCCGUCCUGCGUCCUCCGUCACAGUCACAGUCACAGCAGAAAACUAAUUCAUCGGUCUACUUAAUUCUGAGAAGAAUGGAAGCUACGAAGCCAUGGAUAAACGCUUUCAGAGCAAAAUCAAAGCAAGCCACGCUGCUUUGGCUCGAGGGCUUCCGAGAGGCCUGCUGCCUUCAUCGCGUCCUCAUCCUCUGCCACCGGUCGAGAAAGCUUAUGAUACGAACAGGACAGUGUUUUCUAUUAAACGGCUUCAUUUUCUUAGGAAGUAUAAUUAUCCUUAACUCAGUCAUCAUCCCAACUCUACACUGGAUAUUACCUGAUAGAUGCCCAGAAUAUAGUUCUCAAGAACUCUGCUCAUUUGUUGGUACAUUGAAAUUUUAUUCCGUCUUGCGGCAUGGACUCGUACAACUCUUUUAUGUAACUUGGUUCUACCCACUGUACGUAUUCAGCAUUAUCCUGAGCAACCUCUGGUACAAUGACAUUGCUAAGUAUGGAUUUUCUGCAAUGGGGAGAUCCACACCAACCACAUUGGAUCCUGUCAGACAAAAUGAUGUUGGUUUGGAAAGACCUGCUGGCGUAGAAGGGGUCAUGAUUGGUAUAGGAGAGCAGGUGUAUUCAUUACUUCUUUUGACCUGUUUCUUCCUAGAGGUAUAUGUGACUGGAUAUAUACCAUAUGUGGGGAAGGCAGUAAAUUUUCUGCUUCUGUCCUGGAUGUAUGCCUAUUACUGUUUCGAGUACAAAUGGAAUUUUUCGGAAGUUCGUCUUGAAAAAAGGCUGGACUUCUUUGAAUCUAAUUGGGCAUUCUUUGCUGGUUUUGGGAGCCCUUGCGUUCUGCCUGUACUCUUUUUCUCACCUCUUGUGAGCUAUGGAUUUAUGGCAAUACUCUUUCCAUUGUUUGUUUUGACAGCAACAGGUUCAGAGGCUGAGCAAGUUAUUUCUUCUCAAAGGACAAAAUGGGGAGGUGCUGGUUUGCGAAAGCUUCCAAUAUUUAAUGCUGCAGAUAAAUUAUCGAUGCGGAUUUUGUCUCUGUUUCCCCUGGAAUCUCAGGAAUUGCUUCAAAAAAAGAAAGACCGCUAAGAAGUUUGGCUUAAAGUUUCUAUUGUGCUCUCAUCUGUAUGAGAUGGUCCUAGUUCUUGAAUUUUCCAUUCAAUCAACGAAGUCAUCGAUGCGUUGCGUUGCAGUUUUUAUCUUAUUGAUAUGAUAAUAAUUUCUUAAGUCAUAUGUGGUGUUUGGUGCCAUCGGAUGAUCCAUCUCCACGCAAAUUUGUACAUGAUUUAAAUGCAAUGCUAUUGCAUCAAGAUCGAGCCUCAUUGGAAGUGUUUGACCGUUUCGUUCUGUAUAUUGUACAUAGAAAGUAGAUGUCGACCGAAGUUUAUCAAAUGUACAGAAAUGGUAUUUCAUCAAAGACCAAUUUCAGUGGUCAAAUUUGAUCAACUUAUUAUGCAAA